AUACAAUUACAAGCUAAGAAAAAACACACCACAACCACAUAACAAAACACCAAGUCACAGGAAAGAAACAACAGCCACAGCCACAGCCACAGCCACAGCCACCACCCAAUUGAAUUGAUGAUUAACAAACUGAAGGCUCAGACUCGCUCGCUCGCUCCCUCCCUCCCCUGCAACGCUGCGUUUUGCGUCCGCCGCCGUUCCUCCAGUUCUCUCCCCCGGCACAUGGAGAAGCAAAUGGGUGAUGAUUUGAUUACUGAAAUCCUGUUGAGGUUGCCGGUGAAGUCUCUUGUACGCUUCAAGGCUGUGUGUAAGUUUUGGCGGUCUCUCAUAUCCGAUCCCCAGUUUGCAACAUCACAUUUUGAACGUGCUGCUCUUGCUCCGAGACUCGUGUUCAUUACCCCUCAUGGCAUUCGAACCGUGGAGUUAGAGGAAUCACUUCACCCUGAUCAUAUUUCUGAACCAAUAGAUUAUGACUUUUCAUCUCCCCAUGAUGAUUAUAAUUUUAAGAAUCCCUGCCCUUCGAUUCUAGGUUCGUGUAGAGGCUUUCUGCUAAUGAGAUGUGAUCGAGGUACAAGUCUCUAUCUGUGGAAUCCAUCCACACAUGUCCACAAACCGAUACCUUUAUCUCUUGUUGACGACACCAAUGUUAUUAAUCAUGCAUAUGGAUUUGGUUACCAUUCAUCAAAAGAUGACUACUUGGUGGUCAGAGUGUCUAUUACAGAAACAUCCUUAUCAGAUGUGCAGUUUUUCUCAUUCAGAGCUAAUAUGUGGAAAUAUGCUGAGAGUGUUGAUUUUCCUUCUUCCUUUACCUCUACCUCUACUCAGGGUGUUGAUUUACCUACCUUUACCAAUAUUGAACUUUGUGUUGGGUUGCUCUUCAACGAGGCCAUUCACUGGGUGGGUAGCAACUGGGUGGCUGGUAGAACAACGUUUUUUAUCAUUGCCUUUGAUUUAAUGGAAAAGAGACUUUUAGAGAUACCCCGGCCUGUUGAUCUUUAUGCCCAUGAUUUUUUGUGUUUUACUUUGUGGGUGCAUCGAGGAUUUUUUAGUCUAUCGGUUGUGCGGAGAGAUACAAUUGAAAUAUGGGUUAUGAAGAAAUACAAAGUACAAUCAUCUUGGGCUAAGACUCUUGUUAUAUCUUUGAACCACCUUUACCCAUUAUGCUCUACAAAAGGGGGUGAUAUUGUUAUGUUAUCUGGACUAAAACUGACAAAGUAUAGUGAUGAAGGAGUACAAGGAGAACAACAACUAGAGUGCAUCAAUUUUGGUACUCUAAAUUCAGCAGUGCCCUUGUAUACAGAGUCUAUGCUUUCACUCCCUGAUGUAUGUUACUGAGUGAAAUUAUGUUUAAUGAAACUGCCAGCAAACAUAAUGAGAGUCUGUAUGAAAGUAUGUUUGAGGGCACUAGUUAUGAUAUCCUAAUAGUAUGUGCUUUCACUCCUUGCUCCUGGCAUGGCAGGAACAAAGUUCAGAGGAAGGGCGAAAUAGCUAUUUGGUUAGAUGCAUUUAGACAUUGUGGCUGGUGAGAAAUGCUCUUGUGUUUCAAAAUGGCGAGUUCUACACGGUAAGGAACCGGUUAUGGAGUUGAUCCAGCUUCGAUCUUGGAACUGGGCCGGAGUAAAAUUGGAUGGAUUCUGCAGCUCACUAUUGGAAUGUAGAAUGGAUCCUAUUCCAUGUAUUCAUUCAUUGCAAGAGUAGAAGGACAAGAGGUUGGAGGAAGGCCUAUGCAAAGUGUGGCUGUGUAGCAGGGCCUGAACAUGGUUUAAUUGCUGGGAUAUAACCUUUAAUUAGCAGUGCUGCCAUACUGAUUUAUGUUGAUUUAUGUAGUGUCUUGUGUUCGUGAUGUUGUUAGUACAUGACAAAGGUUUCCCUUAAGCUUGGCAGCAUCUGACUUCAUACACACGGUGUUGGGUUUCAUUACUUCUUGGAGAUUAGAGCCUAUAUGCAGCAUAUUGACUUGUCCCUAAAGGUCCUCUGUAGGAGCAUGUGUGCUGUUGAUGUGGGACUUGAAUGUUGAUAUCCAAUUUCUGGUUUUUCUUUGUGUGCAACUAGAAUUUAGCAUUUAUCUUGGUAGACUAAUCUUUCAUUUGAUUAGCUUCUUCCUCGUUGGGGCACAGCCUUGUGCUCCCAUUAAUUCAUUUCAUCUUAUAAAAUAAAAAAAUAGGAGUUAGUACA